AUGCGCCUGGCUCUGCAGGCGGUGGAAGAAGCCGCGCGGAACCUGAGAGUCUCCCUGCAGCCGACCAACACCUCGGCCGCGCCCACCAGGGAAUCGGACACGCUGCAGCUCCUGGGCGAAGUGCAGGCAGGAGUCCGGAUGCUGAGAGCCGAGCUGGGAAAUGUCAGUGCAGAGAACAGAGAACUGCAGACCCGUCUGGACACGGUCGCUGGGGCGCGAGGAGCCGGGUCGGAUUCCUGCAGGGUCCUGUGGACAAAACUCUCCGCAGGCUGGAGGUGUCACGGUGGGAACCUCUAUUACUUCUCCCAAGAAGAGAAGUCGUGGUUGGAGGCCCAGCAGUUCUGUGUGUCUCAGGGCUCAUACCUGACGUCCGUCUUGUCCCCGGAGGAGCAGAAAUUCCUCUCCAAGGGGACGGACGGACAGUCCUACUGGAUUGGACUCACUGACCAGGGCACUGAAGGUCGCUGGCGCUGGGUGGACGGCUCAGAAUACAGAGCAGACGCCAGCAGCGGGUUCUGGGAUUCCCAUCAGCCUGACAACUGGCACCAGGGGAUCGGCGGCAGAGAAGACUGUGUUGAGAUCCGCACAGAGAUGCAGACUUCGUGGAAUGAUGCCAACUGCUCUCUGCCUGCGCGGUGGAUCUGUAAGCAGGCCCGUGGGCAGGCCGGGCUGUGACAUGCAGGGCCAGUGUGAGAGUUUCACCCCCCUCCCCUUUGCUUUAUGAAAUUGACUUAUGGGCACAAACAUGCAUAAGCCGAAGAUGCUUUGGACAAAUCCCUGAUGUCACCCAUCAGCCUUAACGCCACAAGCUGCUGGUGCCAUGUGUCUGAUUGGCGUGUGCACCAUUCUUGGGGGUAAAGUGAGAGAUAUGGAGUAGGGGAAGGGUUAGGGUUUAACUAUGCGAAUGAAAGCCAUGUGGGCAUUUCCCUCCAUGUCUGGGUGAUCACCUGUAAACAGCCUCUUUUGUCCUGUGAGUCUGAGCAGUGGUUGGUUUUAGGAAGUCACAUGACCACCCCAAGUGGUAG